UUUCUCUUUUCACAGAAAUUUUCUCCUGUGUUUUUGAAUCUACACAAUCUUUCUUCUUCUAUGAAUCUGUUCGUCGUUAUUUCAUAUUCUUGAUAUAUGAUUCCUUUUCUCCAAUCUCUUCUCUUAGCUUCUCAGAGAUGGUUGAGAGAUCAAACUCACGUUCUCUCGGAGUAAUCAUCACUCGGAAAUCUAUAGUUUUCUUGUUGAUAUCGAUCCUCACCGUCCUCUCUUGGUUCUUCAUCUUUUCCUCCACAAACCCUAACCGAGUUCUCGAUUACAUCUCAGUAUCAGAACCUGCAGACGCACCUCUCAUCAUCAUCAAGAACUCAAACAGUUCUCCCCAAAACAACGUCAUAUCGCCUAAUCCCCAAAACAGAGGAAAACAAAACAGAGAAGGUGCAGAAACAGAGGAACCCAAUGAUAAAAAAAACAGAGGAGGGACAGAAACAGAGCCAUUCAUUUAUCAGAACAGAGCCAAAACCCUCCAAUGCAUCGAGAAGAAGGGUUCUCCUUCUCCAACGCCAUUGAAAGUAUACAUGUAUGACAUGAGUCCAGAGUUUCACUUUGGGUUAUUAGGUUGGAAACCAGAUAGAAACGGCGUCGUGUGGCCUGAUAUCAGAGUCAGUGUUCCUCAUCAUCCAGGUGGUCUUAACCUGCAGCACAGUGUCGAGUAUUGGCUUACAUUAGAUCUUUUGUUCUCUGAGCUUCCAGAAGAUUCAAGAAGCUCCCGUGCAGCGAUACGUGUGAAGAACUCGAGCGAAGCUGAUGUCGUGUUCGUGCCCUUCUUCUCGUCAUUGAGCUACAAUCGAUUCUCUAAGGUUAACCAAAAGCAGAAGAAGAGCCAAGACAGAGAGUUGCAGGAGAAUGUGGUGAAAUACGUAACGUCCCAAAAAGAGUGGAAGAUCUCAGGAGGGAAGGAUCAUGUGAUAAUGGCGCACCAUCCCAAUAGCAUGUCGACCGCAAGGCAUAAGCUAUAUCCGGCGAUGUUUGUGGUCGCUGACUUUGGUAGAUACUCGCCACGUGUCGCCAAUGUCGAUAAAGACAUUGUGGCUCCAUACAAACACCUUGUUCCGUCGUACGUUAAUGACACGUCGGGCUUCGAUGGCCGUCCGAUCUUGCUCUACUUCCAAGGAGCCAUCUACCGCAAAGCUGGUGGAUUCGUGAGGCAAGAGCUAUACUACCUUCUAAAAGAAGAAAAAGACGUCCACUUCUCUUUUGGUAGCGUAAGAAAUCACGGAAUAACCAAAGCCGGAGAUGGAAUGAGAUCGUCCAAGUUCUGUCUCAACAUCGCCGGGGAUACUCCUUCGUCCAACCGCCUCUUCGACGCCAUCGCUAGUCACUGUAUCCCCGUGAUAAUUAGCGACGACAUUGAGUUACCAUACGAGGACGUUCUCAACUACAACGAGUUCUGUCUCUUUGUCCGAUCAUCCGACGCUCUAAAGAAAGGGUUUCUGAUGGGUCUUGUCAGGAGCAUUGGGAGAGAAGAGUACAAUAAAAUGUGGAAACGGCUGAAGGAAGUUAAUAAGUAUUUCGAUUUGCGUUUUCCGUCCAAGGAAGACGUUGGAGAUGAUGCAGUUCAGAUGAUUUGGAAAGCUGUUGCGAGGAAAGCCCCUUUGGUGAAGAUGAAGGUUCAUAGGUUUCAAAGAUUUAUAAAGCCAUUUUAGGGGGUUUAAUGACAUUUAUAAAUAUGGUUUAGACAGAAAUUAAUGUAAUGAGUAUAGUUGCAACUCAAUCACGUGGAUGGC